CUUUCAUAGUUGAUGAGAAAUCACUUCCGCCUUUCAAAACUUUGAAACGGAAGUAAGUAGUUUAAGUUUCCAACACGCCACCAACGAAACGCUUUUGGGUAUACCAGUACUCGCCUAGGAUUGCACCCGAGCUAUCGCCAUGAAAAAUUCAAUCUUUAAAGAAAAGUUCAUUGCAACGAAUUUUGUGAAACCUCUCUACAGAGUUAAAUUAACUAAAACUCCCAAUGACGUUGUCAUAACUAAUCUAGUUGGCAAUGCCUACAAUUUGACUAAAAAUGUACCUAAUAUUACGGUUAAAGAAACACAAAAAUAUAGGAUACUACCGGGUACGUGUGAGGUUUACAAUUAUUAUGAUUUAAAAUAUGAUAGAAGUGACAAUAUGGAAGAACAAAAUAAUAAUAAAGACGCUUUAAGUGAUGCUUUUCAAGAUGUUACUAAUAGUAACCUCAAAGGAAGAGACGGAAAGAAACACAUAUCGUUCAGUGAUUCUUUGGAUUUGGUUUUAGAUGAUGAUAACGAAGAAACUUGGCUGCGAGUUCGCCCGGCCCCUGUAUUGCCGGACGAAAGCAUUGGCUCCAUUUUGUUCAGAUUCAUGGCUUGUCAACUGGGCAUCACCAUUUUCAUCAUCAUCUGGACCGCUAUCUGGGUGGCCGUAAUACACUCAUACGAAGGCCCGAAUGAAAACUUAGUAAAUGAAGAAUAUGCAAGACAACAAGACCAGUUAGUUAUCGACUUGGCCACAGAACUUCGUUUGAUAACUCCAGUCUCCCCUAAAUGGCAGAAGGCCAUAAUGACCCGCGUAGAGGAGGCACGGCAACAGACCAUGCUCGCGGCGGGAAGGGGGGCCAAGUUGGACCCCGGCCGGUACUGGAAUCUGGCUGGGACAUUUCUGUUCACUGUCUUCGUCAUGACUGCUCUAGGGUUUGGUGCUCCUGUGCCGCAAACGAUAGGAGGCCGGUGCUUUGCUCUCCUUUACGCAAUAUUCGCUAUCCCUUUUCACGUCUAUCUCAUGAUGCAAGCUAGCACUUGCGCUGUGGCCCACGUCAACCAUUACUUGGCGCAGUGCCACAAGAACAUCAGAAGGCCCGAACUGACGCCUCGUGCAGUUAAUGAUGGUAAAACAAAUAUGCACGUGAAGGCGUAUCGAAGACGAAAGAAGCUAAGUCGUUUAGUGGCCGUGCUAACAGUAGGCCACUGCAUCCCGCUAGCCAGCUUGUUGUACUACGUGAUCGGCGUGAUCAUCUUCGGUCUCGGUCGGUAUAAGGAGACAGAAACCGUUGACGUGUUGAUGUUCCCUUUGCAGUUUACCACUAAUGGCGGGCUGUCUUCGGUAGAAUCCCACUUCCGCGUGCUGUACGGGUUCUACGUGGAAGGAGCCAUGGCGCUGCUAACAUGUACCUUGGCGGCCCUUCGGCGUUACAGCGGAAACUCUGUCAGUAACAUGACCGAGAAAUACCGCUUGUUUACGAAAGGCUGACGAGGUCAACGGACUCCGAGAAUUAUAUGAGAGAGGAGGGUCGGAAAUAUGGAUAAGCACUGUCUGUUGUUGAGCAUGUGCAGUCAGCCGCGGAACUAUGGCGUCUUCGUAAAUGCCCAAAUCCAACUGCUUUUGCGUCAAACUGAUAUUCAGACAUACUUUAUUGGCCUUAGUCAUCUGAUCUGCCAAAGUAUCUGCCUUUAGGGCGCCAUCUGCGUCAAUAUUUUGGUUUUUAACCUCACUUCAUAGUCAAAGUAAUAAGAUGCACAAAAAGGAGAAAUAUAUCAAAGACGUAAUUUUAACAGUUGAAGUAGGUAUAAUAUUAGAGAUUUUGCGCCAUCUAUUAAUGUUUUCAAAUAACAGCUACAUUGUAGGUAUUACUCCAUUUUACGCGUCUUAGUUAUUACUUUGUCUAAACUUGUAUUAUAUACCAAAUAAAGUUAUUAAAUAUAAAUAAAACACA